AUGUCUUCUUCCAGCAGAUCCUCAACGCCCUCGUUAUCUUCCGAUGAUUCAGAUCAACCGUCAGCAACAUCCUAUGACGGCAGUCACCUGUCCUGGCGAGCUUUCCGGCGAGAGGUGUUAGCAACCCAUCAGAUCCGCUUUCUUGACAGCGCACCAAAGGACCGUAUUCCAUCAUCUUUCCUCCAGAUAUUCGAAGCUGCAAAUGAAGACUCGUUUCGAUUUGACGAACAGAAAACAUGCUUUUGGAAUCAAGUCGCUACAGGCCGAGGGUUCGGAUCUUCACCGAUAUUUCCACCAAAUCUGCUGCCGCCCCUUACAACCGAGCUGCUCUCCCGCUGUAUGGUGCCGGCGUUCAGCAGUCGUGAAGCUCUACCGGAAAGAGCAGUCAAUCACACCGGGCCGAUGUACGAUCUUUCCAUACCACAUCCUAGCUUAGUUUGUGGGUUUUCGGCAGCUGCGUUCUCCAGCAGGGAAUUAUCACUUAUCCCACAGUCGCUUCAACCAACCGGAACGAUGGUCCACUGGGACAGCGGCUUUUUAAACCCAGGGGCAGCGAGCUACUGCCCCUUCCUGACAUUCGAACGUGCCUAUGGCAACAAAGAACACAGAGUGGAGUCGGCAAACAAUCAAUGCGGCAUCACCGGUUCUUAUUGCGUUCGGGCAUUGCAAAUGCUCUAUGCCAGAGCAUCGCGGGAAUCAAGUGCUCGUCAGGUCCCUGAGCCACCAGUUUCAUUUUCUUGCACCAUUGAUAACAGCUUCGCGUUGAUCAACCUACAUUGGCUUGAUCUGACACAGGGCCAAACGUAUUACAUGGCCCCUCUCUGCCAGUUCGAUCUGAGCAAGGAUGUACAUUUCAACAAGUUUAUGAUCUGGACACAAGCAAUUGGGGAUUGGGCUCUGGCUUAUAUGUUGCCCAUGUUGAAGGACGCGCUGGAGAGGCUUUCAAGGUGCACCUCACCAGUAACGCCUGCCCCUUUCUUUCCCAUCCACCGAGCCAGCGCGAUGCAACAGACAAGGCUUCGUCUCGAUACAGGCCCUGCCAUCAACAAAGACGAGCUCCUCAUAUCGUCGCUCAAGGCGACCUUCGAGAACAUUCCUUGGCGAUUCGAGGACAAUCCAGACUCUGGUCUUUCUUCAUCCACCGCAUCUUGGGGUUCUCCGAUGGUGGCGGAUUUCACCUUUUCCAACCUCAGCUAUCCGGCAGUCCAUCCACCGAGAAGCAAUGCCUGCGUGAGUGCUCCUAACUCUUCUGUCGUCGCUCGCAGGCGAAUCGCUAGAGCGGAUGCCCCGGGAAGCGCAAUGGCGGCGUCACCCGCAUACUUGCAGGACCAGGAGACAAUAUGGCAGAGACGAUUCAACGACGCCAUGGACGAGAUCAAGGGUCUUCGGACUCAGUUGCAGGCAUUCCAGAGGGAAGUGGAAGGCCUGAAGGCCUCCAUUCGUGUGGAGGCGACCUCGAAUGCCAGCUGUGAUUCGUACGCAGACGGUUUGCGAAGUUGUGGAAAUGCGACAAUUGAUCACACGCCAAUAACUCCCAAAGCGCCGAUCCCGGUCACAUCCUUGGGGGCGGAGCCUCUCUCGAAAUCACCCAUCAUAGUAUCAUCAGCCCUGCCUUUGUGGCGAUGCGCUACAAUUGCCUUCUUGGGGCAUUUUGUGGCCGAAUUCGCCCAGAAUCGUCAUCUAAGGAUGCUGGCGUAUGGUUGCACAACUAGUGCAUGUUGCUUGGCCUUGAUGGUACCACGGCCUGCAGGAAUCUCGUUUGUGAAAGAGUUGGCGAAGAUGAAGGUGGUGCUGUUGGGGAUCGGAAAGCAGCAAUGA